AAUGGGCAGUAGAAGCCACGUUGACGGAGACUGGAGAAGUCAACGGUUUGUUUUCACCCCCGAGUUUAAACGGUUUCAUGCUAAACCACGAAGCGCUGUGAGCGUUUAGAACUAAUUCAGAGCUGUCCGAAUCAUGUCUUCUCCUCCUAAAGAGAAAAACGAGACCAGAGCUGGACAUCUUCCUGCUGUGAAAGCAGGAGGAAUGAGGAUAGUCCAGAAACACCAAUCUGGCGAAUCUGCACCCGACAAGAAGGAAGACAAGGACAGUAAAGAGUUUGAAAGCUGCAGCCCACCGAAGGUGCCUGUUGUGGUCUCUGGAGUGGUUACUAAGGGCGACAAGGACUUCACCCCAGCUGCAGCCCAGGUGGCCCACACGAAGCCAGUGCCCGGCGUCCAGAAGUUGCCCCCACCGCACCACAUCAACCAGCACAUCCACCAGCCUCGCAAGUGAACCAGCUUUCCCGUUCUCCUUCAGGACCACACCGACUCUUCAUUCUUCCCCCAAACCCAGCGCUCAGGUUCACCGAGAGAACUCCCAGCAUUCCACAGCACCCCUCCGUCUGUGCUUGCCAGUGUUCUGCCUUCGACCAAUAUCAUGAGAAACUGCUUUCACGGCCUCUCCCGUUUCCUCCUUUAGACCAGAAUGACACUAAAUUUGAGGGUCCCAUUAUUAUCCCAGAUUCAAGCAUUAAUUCAAGAGGUGUAUUUAAUGAAGCAUUAAUUGAGCUUUAUUUUGCUUUUUUGUUCCUUUUUUUUUAGACCAAUUAUUGAAAGAAUGAUAUAAAGUGUAUAAAUCGGUUUGUGUAUGAGGAAGAUACAAUAUUAGAUUUAGGUGUGGCUGUUUGAAUAAAGAGUUAAUAUAAAA